AUGUCGUGGAGCGGCUUCAAGAAGAAUGUCGGCCGCGCGACAACGCAGGUCAUGAUGAAGACGGGUCAUGUCGAGAAGACGUCCGACCGCGAGUACGAAAUCGAAGAGCGACGAUACCGCACACUCGAAUCCGCUUCACUACGCCUACAGAAAGAAGCCAAGGGCUACCUCGACUCCCUCCGCGCCAUGACCGCCUCGCAAAUGCGCAUUGCGGAGACGAUCGAUGCGUUCUACGGCGACAGCGGCGCAACAGACGGCGUGAGCAGAAGUUACAAGCAGGCAGUCGAGGACCUGGAUGCCGAGACUGUCAAGGCGCUCGAUGGACCAUACAGGUGCGUCACCAGAGAGUAUCCCAAAUUACGGAAACAGUUCGAAAAGCGAUUCCCCCACGAGGACUUCAACAUCUUCAACGAUUACUUGAGCGAGGUGGAAGCCGAACUCAAUUGGAAGAGCAAGGAGAGAACAUUCAGCAGAAAUACCACACAUUAUGAGAUCCAAUCAUUCGACCAGGGGUCAGUUGAGCUCAUUGAUGUCAUCUACAGGACGACCGUUCUGGAACCCAUCAACCGCUUCUGUGCAUACUUUCCCGACAUCAACGAAUGCAUCAAGAAGCGGAACCACAAGAUGCUCGACUAUGAUGCGAUGCGAUCGAAAGUCAAAAAGCUAACCGAGAAGCCUGACAAGGACCCGGCAAAGCUGCCGCGGACAGAGAAGGAAACUGAAAUGGUAGGGAGCCCCUCUUCCUUUCUUGAUCUCUCCACCGAUCAUCUCAUACAUCACCUCAACGACGAUGCGUCGUUGAUGGUGCACUCACCGCCCAAAGUCCUGGAUGCGCUUCCUGCGAUCCAGCACCACCAGCUACGCGUGGCCAAACUGCGGACCGACGAGAAGAUGGCACUGGACAGUGUAGGUGCGCCGACCUCACCGAAGCCCGAGCGAACGUCGAGUCUGUUGAGACGUAUCAGCGUGGUCAAUGAUGCCUUCUGGGGCCGAACAGAAGCGCAGAAGCGUGUCACCGUUGCGGGACAACAAAGCCACUCUCCGCUCAGUCCUCUGGCUCUAGCUCGCCACUUCUCCUCACCGUCCCAACGCUCUCCCAUUGCGAUUAUGCCGGAUGUUGACGAGUCUUCUGUGAGUCUGGCGCCUGUAACCAGCCCAGUCAUGUUGGGCGGUGGUCUGAUCCCAGCGAUCUCGCCACACAGCACACACGUACCUGUCUCGAAGGACUCGUCAGACUCCACGCCGAGAGGGCCCACUCGUUCGUUCUCUGUCUUCAGACGCUCGUCGAAAGAGACGCCAACACGCAAUACCAGCAUGCCUAUCCAGGCAAUGAGCAGUCCUUCAGCUGAAGGUCUCGGCAUCUCUGGGUGCAGCAGCCCCUCAGAUAUCACACCGACACGUCUUUCAAGCAUGCCUUGGCAGAUCUUGGGCAAGGCUUCGAGCGGCAGUUCCGGGGAGUCUGUGCAUCCUCUUUUCAGACCAUCUCCAGAUGCUACCCCGACACGCUUUCCAGCCAUGCCUGGAUUCAUCUCGAAGAAAAAGUCGCCAUUGGGUAGUCCGGCGUCACUACUUGACACCCCAACCCGUUUCCGUGGUACGCCUGCUAGGAAGACAUUGGACGCUACACCAUCACGCUCGCUUCCGCCGCGAUUCGCGAGUUUUUCCGCCGCGAGCUCAGAUUCCGAGCCUGAGACCAUUCAAUCUCGUGCGUCUUGGCAGACAACGGACAGCGAGGUCUCUGAGGAUGAACGACGGGAUUCGCUCGAUCCGUACAGCAAGAACAGUGAUGCGGCAACGCUCGCCACUCUCACCUCACCAAACUACAACGACGAAGACAUCUCUCCCGUCCGUGAGAGAUGUAGCAUGAACCCUACGGUUGAGUCAGAUUGUGGUGAGUCCAUUGCUGAUACGGACUAUGGCAAGUCUUUCGCCGAAGACGAUGGCGAUGAGACUGUCACACAAAACAAUAAUUCCUUCAUCGAAAAUGAGUACGAUGAAGGUUUCACGCAAGUCGACAACUCUUUCGCAGAUGACGAGUACGAUCAGCGUGCCACACAGUCUGAUGAGGGCAACAGUACGCUCGUUGCAUCAUUCGACGAAGAGAGGCGUAGCAGUGAUACUUCCGACACGGCUGAUUCUUCGGAUCUGGACAUCGGCACCUUCAUCCAAGAACUGAGCAUCUCUACUCCUGGCAACCGCAAGAGCAAGAUGAUACCGCGGGAGCCCACUUCGAGCGAGCGCAGAGACAACAGCUCGUUCAUAGCAUUCCUCAAGGAAGGCCCACCAGGUCCACCAGGAAGUGCCAAGAAGCCAGAGAAGAAGUUCAAGGCACCGCCACCAGUUACCCUCCCACCUUCGUUUGGUCGGCCAUUCUCUGCGGCCUCGGCGUGCCCAGAACCACUUUUCUCUCCACCAUCCAAGAGCACUUUCUUCCGACCUUCAGAGUUGGAGGAUAUCAUGCAACCACUCAAGCAAGAAUUCGCAGAGAAACAGGCUAAUGAAUUGCAAAAGGCAAAAGUCGCAUACGAUCAGCUCAACGAGCAGCUCACGAACGAACUACCUCAGCUGAUCGACCUACGAGUACCAUACCUCGACCCGUCCUUCGAAGCGCUCGUUAAGAUUCAGCUGCGAUUCUGCGCUGAAGCAUACAGUCGAAUGGCGCAAGUACAGCAGUACCUCGCAGCCGAGACAAGAGAUCAGUAUGCAAGCGGCGACCUAGACGCACGGGUGGAGGACGUACUGGGACAGAUAAGAGAACUCAGCAUCGCAGGCACGGUUUAG